GUAAUUCACUCGCCUAGACAGUCAGCUGUACCACCUCACUACUAGCCUAAACAUCGCUCUGGCGGCGAAUCAAUACAUACUUACAACAUCGGGCACCCAGAAACACAGACUCGAACAAUCAAUUGAUUCUAUAUAACUGACGAUACAACUGUGCGCGAGAAAAGCACUCCCAUUACGCUCGUCAUUGGUUCUUCUGUGUGCCGUCCUGUUGAGCUACCCAAGAUGGAACAGCACCGCACGUUCCUCGGGAACAAUAACCAAAACUCGAAGGAACCCGCCGCCAGUGAGGCCAGUACCUCGCCCGUCCCGACGCCGCCGCAGCGAACGCCCUCUUCCUCGAGUCUGCACAAGUCCAGUCUCGCCUCAACCCACAGCCACCGUUCAAGCUUCGUUGAGGGUCUAAGAGGCCUGCCGUCCUCACCCCGCUCUCAACGACACCCCUCCUUUACCCAAUCCGCCCUCCAGGAUCUACUCAACCACCCACCUUCCGCGAGACACCACAAUCCCCGAUUCGCCGGGAGAGAUUGGAGGGAUAUUGCGGUUGGGGAGCUAAUCUCGGAAGAUGAUGUGCGAUGGGUUGACAUGGACACAAGCGUCGAGGACGCUUCAAUGGCCCUAGUGAAGAAUACAACGAGCAACGUUGUAUUGAUCCGCGAAAACCCCCAAAGCACUAGGCCAGACUCUACUUUUGACUAUAACGACCUGAAUGCCUACGUUCUCGUCGUCGUCGGUCUGGGCCACCCACCCGAAGAGUUAGUUGCGCUGUACGAUGAUAUCGCCAAGCGAGCCCAGGCCCGUGAUAGCAUUCCUCUUCGCGACAUUCAGCCCAUAUGUCGAAAGGAGACACUGGUAACAUUACAGGGUGACGAGGACCUGGCCAGGGCCGUAGAAAUAUUUGGCAGUGGUAUCCACCGCAUCCUUAUCACCAACUAUCAGGCAGAGGUUGUCGGCAUCUUGAGCCAGAUAAGGCUCAUGGAAUUCUUCUGGAAUGAGGGUAUCAACUUCAGGGUCAUCGAUGAACUCUACCCGAAGCUCAUGAAGGAGCUUAAUAUAGGGUCACAACAAAUCAUAGCUGUAAACUCUGAUAGUCCUUUAGCGGAUGCACUUGUUCUCAUGAAUCAGGAGGGGUUGACAAGUGUGGCCGUUGUCGACAACGGGCUUAAUGUGGUCGGAAACAUAUCGACGGCUGAUGUCCGUCUGCUUAUGAGCGCUGCUAGUCUUCCUCUUUUCGAGAAUACCUGUCUUCACUUCAUCUCGAUUAUCCUGUCCGAGAGGGGUGUAGAACAGGGGAAGGACUCAUUCCCCGUAUUUUACGUGAACCCGUAUUCGACACUUGCGCACACGGUCGCCAAGCUCGUGGCGACUCACUCUCAUCGCAUGUGGGUGGUGGAGUCUCCCUCGCCAUCGUCCUCGGCUCCUAGCACACCCUCUCUUCCUCCCACGGUACUUUUGUCGAGCUCUGCUCCUUCGUCCCAGCCAGCGGUUCCAGGGACUCAUUACCCUUCCACGUCGGUGCCAGGGUCAGCGUUGCCAGGUUCCCACCUCUCAGGCCGCCUGACGGGCGUCGUGACGCUAACUGACAUUCUCAACUUAUUUGCCAAAUCGACAGGCCUCAACCCGACAGACCCUAGCGAGCAACGAGCCAGGAGACGCCGAAGUUCUAGUAGCUCUAUUCGGCCAUCCCUCGAUUCAUCACGAGCCAGCAUUGACAUCCGUCGCUAGCGUAUGCUCGCGAAUCUUGGUUGACGACGCAAGAGGCGAUCGUGGUACUCGAAUGAGCAAAUGACUUGAAGGGGGAUAUAUGGCGUUCACUGGUAGGCAUUAAGGAUUGGCACUGUAAUUGCUUGGCAUCAUACUCUAGACUAGGUAGGACCUUGUUCGAGUCUGCACAAUGUUGCGAAUCUAUUGACUAUGAGUUCGGAGUUCGAAAGGGGGUUAUGGGUAUAUUUGAAAGGUACUAUAAGGCGUUAUCCUCUCGUUGACGGUGUUGUUUUCUGCCACUACGAGAAUUAGUAUGCUGUACGUAUGGCCCAAGAUACGGCUUGAGCAACAAUCUCAGAUAGAGAAGACCACGAUAAUACAUAUGUAGAUAGCUACUCAAUCAACUAGUUACAUAAAA